AUGAAUUUGGUGGUAUACAAACUGAUUUUGCUCGCUCUUAUGAUUAUGGGGACAAUUCUUGCCGGUUUGUCUCCUAUGAAAGUAAGUUUAAUUCAUUUGAUAAUUGAUAAGACAAAUGAAUAUUCGAUUAAUUACAGGUUCUGAGUAAACUUCGUCACGAGGCGGCAACUGCACAAAGUUCUAAAAAACAUAAACACGUAUCUUUGGUUUUAUGUUUACUCACGUGUUUUUCGGGAGGUGUUUUUCUCGCCACGUGUUUUCUUCAUCUUUUCCCAGAACUUGUUGAAAAUGUGAAGAAAUUGGAAACAGAUCAUGGAAUUCAUUAUGAUUAUCCAGUCGCUGAAUUAUUAUCGUGUAUGGGAUUUUUUUUACUUUUCUUUUUAGAAGAAGUUAUUAUAAUGGCAAUUCCUGCAAUGGCUCACGGGCAUUCACAUGGUUCAAAUGAACAUCAUCACCAUAAUCAUCAAGAACACAACGAUGAAAAAGAAGUUGAUUUGAAAAAGAUCCCAACAAGUUGUUGCAUGGUUGAUGUUGGAAUAAAUGAAGUUGUUGAAGAGAAAAGUCCGGAUUCUACACAGAAAAAAGAUAUUGCAACAGUUGUAAUCGAUGAAACUACGAAAUUGACUGGAACAGCAACAAAAGGAGAUGAUGGACAUUGUCAAACACAUUGUCCUUUGACAGUACACGAAAGAAGAAGUUCAAACGAAUGCAAAGCAAAUGCUACACAGUUAGUUUUUUUUUUAAAUAUUCAAUAUCUUUAUCUAAAAAUCGAAUUAGAAUCAAGAAUAUUCGAUAUUCCUACGGUAGUGUAACUAAUAGUCGAAUCGAUGAAAACGAAGAAGAUGAAGAAGAUUGGUAAUAUAAAUGUCGCUCUUACUCCUUCUGUAAAUCCCUUUCUUUGUUCAAAAAAGUCUUUUCAUUUCAGCUUCACCUAUUCUACAUUUUAUUGAAUUGUCCAAUGAAAACUUUCAAUUUUUCAGCACAUUUGCUCCAGUGGCAUUUGCCGAGCCAGAAAGAUGUGAAACUAAUUGUGAUGCUGUUGAUGAAGAUCCACCAAUCCUCAUGAAAUCUCGCCCACAUGCACAUUCUCACGGAGUUCGAUCUAUCACUUUUGUUUUGGCUCUUGGAAUUCAUUCGAUUAUUGAAGGACUUGCUUUUGGUGUACAGGUAAUUUUAAUUAUUUUCAAAAUUUUCAUUUUAAAAAUUAAUUUUAUUUAAGAGUGAUGCAUCUCAAACAUCGGCUCUUUUUAUUUCUUUAAUGGUUCAUAAAGUAAUUGUCGCAUUUUCUGUUGGUUUGCAACUUUUCCGAACUCACGCACAUCAAUUGAAAUGGGUUGUUGGUUCAAUUUUCCUUCUCGCAUGUAUGACUCCACUUGGUGCAUUAGUUGGAUUAAUUGUUUCAUCUGCUGGAGAAGACGCUGCUUGGAAAGAUAUUACGAUUACUAUUCUUCAAGGAUUAGCUGUUGGAACAUUUAUUUAUGUCACUUUCUUUGAGGUAUUUUUAAAAAAUAUAUAUUUGAUCGUGUUUUUGAAAAACGACCACCCAAUCGGGAUUUUAUUAAAAAGGUAGAAACUAGAUUUUUCAAUUGAAAAAAACCAUCGUAAUUUAUUAGGGUUUUGUCAAAAAAACAUUCACAAUCAGAGUCGAUAUUUUUGUUUCUAAAUGUUUUCCGAACUAGACUUUGUUAAAUAUAACUAAUUUUUCAUUUCAGGUUUUGCUUCAUGAACGAGACAAUGAACAUCCGAAUUUAUUGAAGUUAUUAGUUAUGAUUAUUGGAUUUAUGCUUAUUGGUGCUUUACGGCUUUUUGAUUCUCAUGAUCACGCACACGGACAUUCUCAUGAUAAUCAUAUUGAUUUGGUUAGUUCUUUUCUUUUUAUAUUUUGUCAUAUGAUUUUAAAUGAAUCACCCAAAAAUCAAUAUUUCAGACAACGAUUAUUCCAUCAACAAUUUCUCAAUAA